AUGGCAGACGGCGCCGUGGGCGCGACCGAGGGCGACGACGGGGAGCCUCGCAGGCCCAGCGGGGCCGGGAGCGGCCUAGUUGAGGCGAAGUCUCUUAGGGCUGACGGCGCGCACGCGGCGGCGCAGGAGGGCGCCCUGGUGGCGGGCGAGCCUCAGGGGCAGCUGAUGCAGCUGUAUGAGGACCUGUGUCAG